AAACAAGAUGGCUUGCAAAAUUUUCUAAAAAUUCCACAGAUGGUGAAUUUUGCACGAUUACUUCAACAAUUUAAUCCUAAAAAAAUAUUUGUUGUAUCCACCGGGUUAAGAACUACAUUUAGAAGUUUUACAGAGGUUGGCGUAAAUUUCUCAAGAAGUUCUACCAUGUCUACACCGGGUAUAGCCAAGGUAUGGGAUGAAGGACAAAUUGUCAAAUCUGCGGGAGAUAAAAGAGUUUAUCGUGGAUUGCAAUUGACCAAUGGGAUUAAAGCAUUGCUGAUAAGUGACCCGACUACAGACAAAGCAUCUGCAUCAAUGAAUGUUCACAUCGGCCAUAUGUCGGAUCCAAGAGACCUGCCAGGGCUAGCACAUUUCUGUGAACACAUGUUGUUCCUGGGCACUGAGAAAUAUCCACAGGAGAAUGAGUAUAGUAAGUUCCUUAGUGAGCAUGCUGGCUCUUCGAAUGCAUUCACAAGUGCUGAAAAUACAAACUAUUACUUUGAUGUGGCACCAGAGGAACUCGAUGGAGCUUUAGAUAGGUUUGCCCAGUUUUUCCUGUGCCCCCUAUUCACAGCCACAGCUACAGAGAGAGAGGUUAAUGCUGUCAACUCAGAGAAUGACAAGAAUUUACAGAGUGACCCAUGGAGGUUGAUGCAACUGGAAAAGUCCACUUCAAACCCUAACCAUGAUUACAGCAAAUUUGGAACAGGCAAUAAAUAUACAUUGGAGACAAAGCCUCAAGAAAUGGGACUAAACACAAGGGAUGAACUGCUCAAGUUCCAUUCAAAAUACUACUCUUCAAAUAUCAUGGCCUUGUGUAUCCUAGGCAAAGAUAGUCUUGAUGACCUGGGUGAGAAAGUGGUUAAGUUAUUUAGUGAUGUUCCUAACAAGAAUGCAGUAGUCCCUGAGUGGCCUGAACACCCAUACGGCCCAAAUGAACUAAAGCUGAGAGCCAAUGUUGUUCCCAUCAAAGAUAUUCGUAACUUGAACCUGACAUGGCCACUACCUGACCUACACCAGUACUAUCAUACACAGCCAGGUCACUACCUUGGCCAUCUUGUGGGGCAUGAAGGGCCUGGCAGUCUUCUAUCAGAACUAAAGAACAGAGGUUGGGUGAAUACACUGGUUGGAGGCUCCCAGAGUGGUGCCAAAGGCUUUGAGUUCUUCAUACUUAAUGUUGACCUCACUGAAGAAGGAAUAGAGCAUAUAGAUGACAUAGUGACGCUAGUGUUUCAAUACUUUAACCUAUUACGAAAGGAGGGAGCCAAGGAGUGGAUCUUCAAUGAAUGUAGAGAUCUUACAGCCAUGACAUUUAGAUUCAAAGAUAAAGAAAAGCCAAGGAAUUACACAGUUGGUUUGGCUAACUGUAUACAUGACUUCCCUAUGGAAGAAGUGCUCUCUGGGGGCUAUGUGAUGUCAGAUUACAAUCCAGAGUUGAUAAACUCCAUCCUAGAGAAGCUUACACCAGAUAAUGUCAGAAUAGCAGCAAUAGGUCAGAAAUACCAAGGCACAACUGAUAAGGUUGAAGAGUGGUACAAAACUGAGCAUAGCAUAGAACAUAUCUCCAAUGAUACUAUUCAGAAAUGGAAAGAUGCUGGUCUUCAUGAUAAGUUACAUUUACCACUACCCAACGACUUCAUACCUACAAACUUUGACAUUGUCCCAAGGGAGGAAGAGGCUACUACACCGUCUAUAAUUAAAGAUACACCAAUGGGGAGAUUGUGGUUCAAACAAGAUGACAAGUUUCUCCUACCAAAGGCUUGUGUUAGCAUUGAAUUAACUAGUCCAAAAACAUAUGUUGAUCCUCUCCAUGCCAACUUCACACACAUGUUUGUGUCACUUUUCAAGGAUGCCCUCAAUGAGUACACAUACGCAGCAGAGCUAGCGGGGCUUCAUUAUUCCUUGGAUAGCACCAUAUAUGGAAUCUUUUUGAGUUUAUCAGGCUACAGUGACAAACAGUCAACUCUGCUUCAGAAGAUAAUGGAUAUUUUAACCUCAUUUAGAAUAGAUCCACAGAGAUACGAGAUCAUCAAAGAGAGUUACAUCAGGUCACUGCAGAAUUUCCGAGCUGAGCAACCCCACCAGCACGCCAUCUAUUACACAUCCAUGCUCAUGUCUGAGGCCUACUGGACUAAAGAAGAAUUAUUGGAAGCUAUCGAUGAGGUGACUUUAGAGGGACUUCGGGCAUUCAUUCCCCAGCUUCUCUCCAGGAUGUUCAUAGAGUGUCUAGUUUAUGGAAAUAUGACUAAAAACCAAGCUUUGGACAUUCAGAAUAUUGUAGAAAACACAUUGAUUGGGAAAUCUAAAACAAAACCACUUCUACCUAGUCAGCGGAAAAGAUUGCGAGAAGUUCAACUACCAGAUGGUUCGUGCCAUAUCUACAAGAAAACCAACAAUGUCCAUAAGAGUUCCUCUAUUGAGAUUUACUACCAGACAAGCACCCAGUCCACAGAGAACAAUAUAAUGUUGGAGUUGUUCUGCCAGAUCAUCUCAGAGCCUUGCUUUGAUAUUCUAAGAACACAGGAACAACUAGGUUAUAUUGUGUUUAGUGGUCCUAGGAGGUCCAGUGGAGUGCAGGGAUUACGUGUCAUAGUUCAAUCAGAUAAAUCACCAGAAUAUGUAGAGAACCGAAUAGAGGCUUUCCUUUGGGCAAUGGAGAAGUACAUAUGUGAUAUGACUGAUGAAAUAUUCAAGAAACAUGCGACAGCUCUAGGUGCCCACAGAUUAGAAAAACCAAAGAAACUGUCCUCUCAGAAUAACAAGUAUUGGAGUGAGAUAGCCUGUCAGCAGUACAACUUUAAUAGAGAUAACAUUGAAGUUGCUCAUUUAAAAUCUUUAACUAAAGAUGAUGUUGUGAAGUUCUAUAAGGAGCUGAUAAGUCCUGCUGCUCCUAAGAGACGUAAAGUAUGUGUUCAUGUAUUGUCUACGGCACCCGGUCAUGUCCCACAGGGAUCAGCAGAUACCACAGAUGGACUCAGUGAAGUCCCUCCAUUACCAGAGGCUACUGUGAUAUACGAGGAGACAGAAUUCAAAAAAGCGCAUGGACUCUUCCCACUUGCGAAACCAUUUGUGGACAUUAAGACACUGACAGCAAAAUCAAAAUUAUGAACCCUAGCUGAAUUAAAGGAAGGCCAUUGAUAGAAGCAAUAACCAGGAAUUGAAAUUGUUAAGAUGUCAGGGACCACAGGGAGAUAUGCUGAUUACUC